GAGAAGCCGAGGUCCAGCGUGAUACCUCUUUCCCGGGACUGCGGGUUCUUGUCGAAGGCAGCCGUGGAGGCGGUACUGCUAAGUGCCCUGGCAAGCGAUGUCUUCCCGCUGUCGACAUGUCCGAGCACCCCGACGUUGAAAUUCAAAGUUUUUCUCCGACUGUCAGCAGACUCUGACAUUUCUACACCGGUUGGAUGUAAUUGCAACCGGCUUGCGAAUUGUGUUUACUCCCAGCUGGACCUUGAACCCAGCUCCAGUGUCAAACUGAGUUAUUUGCUGUCCUUUCAUUCGUUGACACACGCUUGUUAAACAAAAACAACUUCAACAACAUGCUUUUGUUAUGAGUCGGUGGUUAAAAAACACAUACAGGUAUAAAUAAGACUUUAAAGUUACUCUAGCCUGAAAACAGUUGAGAGAAACGUCUUCGUCGUUGUCAGUAGUACUCGGGACAACAUGGUAAAGCGGAACGGUUGUGUUCAGGACCAAACAAAGAUAAAACAGCGGUAAACUGACCUGACAUAAAAUACACUUGAUUAAAACUUGAAUCUAAAAUUUCAUUGGUGUAAUGAGUAGUAAUCAGUAAGUUCUGCAUUCAUUUGAGACUCUUAUUUACACUUUGACAAGUUCUAGCAGUUUCUACUACGACAAUACAAUUGAAACACAAGCGGAAAUGAAAACUGCCAUGGGCGGGAUUACUUCGACGACAAUGAUUGACGUGGGUUUCAGCCAAUCAAGGUGUUGCAUUAGUCGGAAUCGACCAAUAGACUUACUUGCCAGUGUAAAUAGGCGGGACUUUAGAGGAUCACUUCCGCUAAUUUCCCCUAGUUACCCACAUGGAAACCAAUUUCCCUGUGUUUUGAGUUUCGGCGCCGAUUGCAGCAGUGAGGAUAACCUGAGUCACGGGAGGUAUUUUAUUCACAGUAAACCUGCCUUGCAGUUUUUACUCCCCAUAUUUGUAAAGUAACAGUAACUAUGAAGAUCGAGGAGGUAAAAAGCACAACAAAAACUCAGCGGAUCGCCACUCACAGUCACGUCAAAGGACUCGGGCUAGACGAGGCCGGGAAUGCUAAACAAUCAGCAUGUGGUCUGGUCGGCCAGGAGGCUGCAAGAGAGGCUUGUGGAAUCAUUGUCGAGCUGAUCCGUUCAAAGAAGAUGUCUGGAAGGGCAGUGUUACUUGCAGGGCCACCUGGUACAGGAAAGACUGCCCUCGCGUUGGCUAUGGCACAGGAGUUGGGAAACAAGGUGCCUUUCUGUCCCAUGGUUGGCAGUGAAGUCUACUCGACCGAGAUUAAAAAAACAGAAGUAUUGAUGGAGAAUUUCCGGAGGGCUAUUGGACUGCGUAUCAAAGAAACAAAGGAGGUGUAUGAAGGGGAAGUGACAGAGCUGACCCCCUGUGAGACCGAGAAUCCCAUGGGCGGCUACGGAAAAACCAUCAGCCACGUCAUCAUUGGUCUGAAGACGGGCAAAGGCACAAAGCAGCUCAAGCUCGACCCUAGUAUUUAUGAGAGUCUUCAGAAAGAGCGAGUGGAACAGGGAGAUGUCAUCUACAUUGAAGCAAACAGUGGAGCUGUCAAGAGACAAGGUCGUUGUGACACCUUUGCUACAGAGUUCGACCUGGAAGCAGAGGAGUAUGUGCCACUGCCCAAAGGUGAUGUCCACAAAAAGAAGGAGAUAGUCCAAGACGUCACACUGCAUGACCUUGAUAUUGCAAAUGCUAGACCCCAGGGAGGCCAGGACAUUCUCUCCAUGAUGGGACAGCUGAUGAAGCCAAAAAAGACAGAAAUAACAGAUAAGCUACGUGCUGAGAUCAACAAGGUGGUGAACCGCUACAUUGACCAGGGCGUAGCUGAGCUGGUACCUGGUGUCCUGUUUGUGGACGAGGUGCACAUGCUGGACAUCGAAUGCUUCACAUACCUCCACAGAGCGCUCGAGAGCACCAUAGCCCCUAUCGUUGUUUUUGCCUCUAACAGGGGAAACUGUUUAAUUAGGGGAACAGAGGACAUCAGCUCUCCACACGGGAUUCCUCUUGACUUGCUAGACAGAGUCAUGAUAAUCCGCACUAUGUUGUACACAUCACAGGAGAUGAAGCAGAUCAUCAAGAUCCGCGCACAGACUGAAGGGAUCAACGUUAGCGAGGAAGCACUUACACACCUGGCAGAGAUCGGCACCAAGACCACCCUCAGAUACGCUGUUCAGCUGAUGACUCCAGCCAGCCUGCUGGGCCGUGUUCAGGGAAAAGAGAACGUGGAGAGGGAGCAGGUAGAGGAAAUCAACGAGCUGUUCUACGACGCAAAAUCUUCUGCCAAAAUCCUCCAAGAUCAACAUCACAAAUUUAUGAAAUAAAAUAACAAUAAAUGUUUUUUCUUUCGUGACUCACAGGGCUGGUGUUCACCCAGCUGUUAAAUGUUUGACUUUGAGUCUUUUGUACGCCCACCCACCAUAUGGCUCAUUCUUGUGCCGCCACCUCAUUUAUUGUAGUUUUGUUCUGAUAAAGAUUUAUUCAUUCUGUGUGUUCAUGACAUUUUUUCAAUAAAAAGAAAAACAAACUCAAAUUUA